AUGCACGGUCCAGAGGACCCACAUCCACUCACCAGCCCAGAGGACCCACUAAGCUUCGUGGCUCUUCCUCUCUCUCCCACUCCUCACUCUCCCACUCCCCACUCUCCCUCUCCUCUCUCUCCCACUCCUCACUCUCCCUCUCCUCCUCUCUCUCCCACUCCCCACUCUCCCACUCCCCAGUCUUCCACUCCUCACUCUCCCACUCCUCUCUCUCCCACUCCACUCUCCCACUCCUCUCUAUCCCACUCCCCUCUCUCUCACUCCUCCUCUCUCUCCCACUCUUCUUUCUUCCACUCCCCACUCUCCCACUCCUCUCUCUUCCACUCCUUCUCUCCCGAUUCCCCUCUCUUCUUUGCCCCCUCUCACUUUAUCCUCUCUCCCUUUCUUAUUCAUCUCAGCUCAUCACUUAUACUCCUAUCUCUGUUCUUCGGGCUACUGCCACUGGUGGUGGAGCGGAGGGAGCCAUACAACACGUCAAUUUUGGGAGACAAAGUGGGGGAUAUGUCAUGCACGUACGACCGCCAGGCCAACCGCUUUUACCUCUCCGCCAUGUGGUUUGUGAGUGGGUGGCGGGCAACGAUGGCAUCAACUCCAAUCCGGACUGGAGGGCGCCUCUCCACUCCCAGGAAUAAAGGCGCACUGUCCGCCUCCGUCCUUUCCCCUCAAACCCCCUCUGCUUCCUCCCUCAACCCCCCCCCUCCUCCCAGCAACGACGGCAUCAACUCCAAUCCGGACUGGAGGGCGCCUCUCCACUUCAACACGUCUCGACUCACCACUCUUUGUGGGUCGGCACCGAUGCCUAUGGUAUGUGCACUCAUGCCUAUGCCAUGCACCAAUGUCCUCUCAUGCCUAUGCCAUGCACCAAUGUCCUCUCAUGCCUAUGCCAUGCACCAAUGUCCUCUCAUGCCUAUGCCAUGCACCAAUGUCCUCUCAUGCCUAUGCCAUGCACCAAUGUCCUCUCAUGCCUAUGCCAUGCACCAAUGUCCUCUCAUGCCUAUGCCAUGCACCAAUGUCCUCUCAUGCCUAUGCCAUGCACCAAUGUCCUCUCAUGCCUAUGCCAUGCACCAAUGUCCUCUCAUGCCUAUGCCAUGCACCAAUGUCCUCUCGUGCCUAUGCCAUGCACCAAUGUCCUCUCGUGCCUAUGCCAUAGACCGACGCCUAUGCCCAUCCUUCUCCAUCUGGCCUCAGAAGGUCGCUGCUGAUGGGGAAUACGACUACCACCACGAUGGCACCGUGUAUUUCGGCUGGACAGCAGUCAACUCCAACCCCGGCGCUCCCAACGAGACCGUGCUUGUCGGUAACUAUACCACGAUUGGAGCCUUUGCUAUAACGGGUACAAGUGCUCUGGGGACACCGGAAGCGGAGAGUCGGGUGGAGCCACACUGUGCUGCCGUCAACACUCCGCCAUUCUUCGAGCCGCAGCCUGUGAAGCAGAAACCCGGGCCUGUUCCCACAGCUUGGAGACUGAACACCACGAUCAAGCCCAUCUCCCCUACUUUCUCAAAUGCAAGAGGCGUGGUGGUCUUCCCAGAGAGCAGGCACAUGUGGGUGACGUUCAUGUCUGGCUUUGGCAACGACAUGAGUGUUUCUGCCGUGGUGGCGAGGCUUCGCUUGUCUCUGAGGCCCAACCGCAAGUGGCGCACGCUCCGGGUGUUUCUGGAGCGGUUUAAAGUGGUGGGAGUGGGCGGAGGGAACAGCCUCAUACAGCCGUCGAUCGCUCUCAACAGGUGGGAGGGAGGGGAGUGGAGGGCCAAGGGGAGGGAGGGUGGAUGA